GCACGAAAUUUGAAGUACGACGGUAGAUAAGUUGCACGUUGACAUUAACGAAAUAAUACUUGGCAAUAUAUUGUCCUUAAAGUUGCUAAAUAAUUUUUAAGUAGCCUCAAAGUUUAUUUGGGUUAUAUAUCACACGGAUUCAAAGAGUCUACUUUCUUCGAAAUGUUUAUACACUAUAAUUAUAGAAUCCAUUUGACGUCCGUAUGUGGUUUGCAUGGUCGUCAAAUAUAUACCUAUAUAUCCACGUAAGGUGUGAAACAGUCAUCUACUUAAGAUGUGCUAUGUUUACAAGUAAAUAUUGGACUUGUUUGUGAGGUAUAUAUAUAUACAUUUGUCUUUUAACCAGCUACUUUUAUUGCAGUCUAAUUUGUCCUGUCUAAUGUUUUCGUUUCUCACAUUGUCAGUAGUGCUUUCACAACCGCAGUAUAAAUAUAUGGCUUAUAACCCCAUAUAAAUAUGAAAGUUCUUGCAUUAUAUGGACCUAAUGUCUACUAAAUAUCCUACAAAUAAUGUUCCAUUCACAUUUAAAUUUAUCUUGUAUUUGAAAUUACAGAUGCCAGCCAAACGUAUUCUCCCAUGGAAAAUACCAGACUGGCUUUUAGAUGAUGCUUUAUUAAAUAAAUCUAUAUCAGAGUGCUUGCCUGUUCACUAUAAUUUUGAGAUCCAUAAAACUAUAUGGCGUAUACGUUGUCUUCGAGCCAGAAGAAUUGCUCUACAAAUGCCAGAAGGUUUGCUCAUAUUUGCAAUACCGAUUUCUGAAAUCAUUCGAAAUUACUUUAUUCGUACAAGCGAAUCCUCAGGUUCUGAGGACAGUAUUAAAGAUAUUGAUGUGGUGAUUUUGGGCGAUGUGACUUAUGGGGCUUGUUGUGUUGAGGAACUGAAUGCAAAAGCACUUGGUGUUGACUUACUUGUACAUUAUGGUCAUAGUUGCUUAAUACCAUUGGAUUCUAUUUCCGUUCUAUACGUGUUUGUUGAUAUUCAAAUUGAUAUCAUUCAUUUCAUCGAUAGUAUAAAGGCUAACUUCGAAAAAUCUUCCCAUUUAGCCCUUGUUUCUACCAUACAAUUUGUUACAAGUUUACAAGCUGCAAAACAACCAUUAUUAGAAGCCGGUUACUCAGUAACUAUUCCUCAGUGCCUUCCUUUGUCUCCUGGUGAAAUACUUGGGUGUACAUCUCCUAAAGUAGAAGGUGUUGAUGCCUUAAUCUAUUUAGGUGAUGGUCGCUUUCAUCUCGAAUCUAUUAUGAUAUCUAACCCAUUGUUAGCUGCUUAUCGUUAUGAUCCUUAUGAUAAAUCAUUUACGCGUGAAUACUAUGAUCAUAAAGAAAUGCGUAAACGUCGGAAAGAAGCUAUUGACACCGCGAGGAGCGCUGUGAAUUUUGGCAUUAUAUUAGGUACGCUUGGUAAACAAGGAUCGCCAGCCGUUGUGAAACAACUUCAAACAGAAUUGGAAAAAUCUGGAAAGACUUACUGCAUAAUAUUGUUGUCUGAAAUUCUUCCAAGUAAAUUAGCACUUUUUGACGAACAAGUCGAUGUUUGGAUCCAGGUUGCAUGCCCUCGUCUCAGUAUUGAUUGGGGUGUUGAGUUUACUAAACCUUUACUCACGCCAUAUGAAGCAUUUGUUGCUCUAAACGAACAAGUAUUUUGGCCUAAAGAUUUAUCUGAAGCCUAUCCAAUGGAUUAUUAUGCUAAUCAAAGUUUGGGACAUUGGACACCGAAUCACAAGUUAAAUAAACCGAAUGCAUUAAAAAAAGGAUAAUUAAAAAGAUGUUACUUGUAAAAUUGAAUACUGUAAAUAUAUCUUAUUAUCAGAAAUAAUAUUACGAUUUAUUUUUU